AUGGGAGAUCUGAUUCCGUGGACGAUUGGUCGGCAGUACCAGAACCAUGAUUUCCUGGUGCUGUCAGGUGCGCGCGUCGUGCGCAUAGCCGUCCACCCCGAAAUGCCCAGGCAGGGCUACGGCGGCCGCGCGCUUGAGCUGCUGCGCCGUUACUACCAGGGCGAGCUUGCAGACCUGGAAGAACAGGAGGAGGAUGGGGAGCGCAGAGGCCCAGGGGAAGCUUCCACCAGCGGCCGCGCCAAUGGCGCAGCCGUCAGCAACGGUGGAAACUUAAUGGAUGAGAGGAUAGCGCCACGCUCAGGGCUGCCGCCGCUGCUGACAAAUUUAGGAGACCGGCCGCCAGAGGCCCUGCACUACCUGGGCACAUCCUUCGGCCUCACCCUGGACUUAUUCAGGUUCUGGCGAAGGGCCGGCUAUGGCCCGGUCUACCUGCGCCAGAAUGCCAGCGACAUCACCGGAGAGCACACAGUGAUCAUGCUGCGGCCCCUGCGGACUCCCGAGGUAUCCCAGCAUGAUUGGAUGGACAGCUUCUCGGCCGAUUUCCGCUGCCGCUUCAUGGCGCUGCUGCCGGGCCCCUUCCGGAACUUCACCGUUCCCCUGGUCCUCUCCCUGCUCGCCGAGAUCCAGCCGGCCCUGCUGCAUGUUCCUGUGCCACAGCACAAUGCUGUUUAUAGCAAGUUUAAAAAUUCACCCACCGAGUAG